AUGGUGGUGGGGGGACGAGGAGCAGGGGGGGGGGGGCGUUCGAGGAGGAAGGCUGAGAGCCGAUCGCCGCUCUUUUCAGGACUCAACGCAACAACCUUGCUGUGAGCCAUUGUGAUGUUAAAAGAGAGCACAUCAAAGUUUGUGGGACGUUCGACUCCAGUGAAAGGGAGGAGGAAACAAAAUCCCGCUUAAACAGUGACAGCUCUCCAAACUCCAGCUGAAGUCUCUCUCUCUCUCUCGAGAACGUAUUUCGAGCGCUUGCGAAAUAAUAAAAGUCGCGCUUUCAAAAUUAGCGGAAUAUAUAUAUAUCCAGUACACAUCGUAGCCCAUCCUAGUCCUUUCUUCGAGCGAGUGGACGCUUUCCAGCUGUGGACGACUGCAGCUGUGACCUCGGUGGGCGUGUAUUGAGCAACAGCAUCAGCAAGCAGCAGCAUCAUCAUCAUCAACAGGAGCAACAGCAUUGAGCAUCUCCUGGGACCUCGAGGGACACUUGAUGCCACACGGGCACGCAGCACAAGAGCCCUGCGCCCAGGCUCCCAGGACCGCUCCGGCCAAGCGAAGGAGACGGAAUCGCCGCGGCCAGCGCUGAUCUGUGGGAGCCGAGGAGCGAAGACGCUGAGCGUUGAAACAAGGGGAACGGGGGGGCAGGGUCGCUCGGUGGGGGGGGCGAGUGCGCUCUCUGCCCGCGCAGCCGUGGUGCCGCCGCCGCCGCUGUGACUGGUGGUGCGGGGGUAGGAAGACGUGGAACAUUCCGACUCUCGAUCUCGGCUGCGUGAUCCAACUGGAUGAUGAUGAUGGUUGAUGGUGGUGGCGACGGUGAUGAUACGUGCAGCUGCUGAGGAUGGAAGCGUGAGGUCGCAUUGAAGACUUCUCCGACCCUCCGCCGUUCUGCAAAUUGGACUCACUCUUUCCAGCUCUGCGUGUGUGUGUGUCUCUCUCUCUCUCAUCUGUCUCUUAUCUGCUCGGCGCCGACACGCGCCUGCCGCUCAAAGCCCGGGGAUUAAACAAAAAGUAAUGCCAAAAUGGACGUUAGGAUAGCCCUGUUGGUGGUGAUCUUCGGAGCUGCGUUCCAAGCACGGGGGUCCCGCUUGCGGCAGGAGGACGCGCCCCCGCGCAUCGCGGAGCACCCGUCGGACCUGAUCGUGUCACGCGGCGAGCCGGCCACGCUCAACUGCAAGGCGGAGGGGCGCCCGGCGCCCACCGUCGAGUGGUACAAGGACGGCGAGCGCGUGGAGACCGACCGCGAUGACCCGCGCUCGCACCGCAUGCUGCUGCCCACCGGCUCGCUCUUCUUCCUGCGCAUCGUGCACGGCCGGCGCACCAAGACGGACGAGGGCAGCUACGUGUGCGUCGCGCGCAACUACCUGGGCGAGGCCGUGAGCCGCAACGCGUCGCUCGAGGUGGCAAUUCUGCGAGACGAAUUCCGGCAAAACCCGUCGGACGUGGUGGUGGCAGCCCGGGAGCCGGCCGUGAUGGAGUGCCUGCCGCCGCGCGGACACCCCGAGCCCACCGUGUCUUGGAAACGCAACGGGGUGGCGCUCACGGAUAAGGACGAGCGUGUGACGAUCCGCGGAGGCAAGCUGAUGAUCUCGAACACGCAAAAGGCAGAUGCGGGGAUGUACGUGUGCGUCGGCACCAACAUGGUCGGAGAGAGGGACAGCGAACCGGCGGAGCUCGCUGUGUUCGAGCGGCCUACGUUUGCACGAAAGCCGAUGAACCUUGUGAUGCUCGCCGACUCGGAUGCGGAGUUCCGCUGCGAGGUCCACGGCGACCCCCCGCCGACAGUUCGGUGGAGGAAGGAGGAUGGAGACCUCCCCAAGGGCAGGUUUGAGAUCCAGGACGACUACACGCUACGUGUGGAGCGUGUGGGUGGCACGGACGAGGGCACGUACACGUGCGUUGGCGAGAACCGUGUGGGCAAAGCUGAGGCAUCGGCGUCGCUCGUGGUGCACGUCCGUCCGUAUGCUCCGCCCCAGUUCGUGGUGCGUCCGAGGGACCAGAUCGUGGCCCAGGGUCAGAGUGCCACCUUCCUCUGCGAGACGACGGGAAACCCACCCCCUGCCGUGUUCUGGCAACGGGAGGGCAGCCAGAAUCUGCUGUUUCCAAACCAGCCAUCCCAGCCGUCGAGCCGAUUCUCGGUGUCCCAAACCGGCCACCUGACCAUCACGGACGUACAGCGCUCGGACUCAGGCUACUAUACAUGCCAGGCACUCAGCGUGGCCGGCAGCAUCCUGGCCAAGGCCCUACUGGAGGUCGGCGAUGCCCUGGCAGACAGCCCGCCACCCAUCAUCCGGCAGGGCCCGGCCAACCAGACGCUGGCCGUGGGCUCGGUGGCACUGCUGGCCUGCCAGGCCAUGGGCAUGCCCACUCCCAGCGUGCACUGGCUCAAGGAUGGCAGCAAGCUCAGCCUGGGCAGCGCGCGGCUCGGCUUGCAGUCGGGCGGCACGCUGAGCAUCAAGGAUGUUCAGCUCAUGGAUGCCGGCCUAUACACCUGUGUUGCGGUGAGCCCCAGCGGGGAGACAACGUGGAGUGCCUUCAUGGACGUUCAAGAGAACGGCGUGCCGAGCCAACCCCAACCGCCCGAACCGUCCUCACUGGCCGCACCUCCGUCCAAGCCGCGGGUCACAGACGUCACCAAGAACACAGUGACGCUGUCCUGGCAGCUGCCUGAGCCGUCAGGCCCCUCUCCCAUUUUGUACUACAUCAUCGAGGCCUUCAGCCAAUCAGUGAGCACGAGCUGGCAGACGGUGGCGACGCACGUGACGCGCGAUGCCUUCACGCUGCGGGGCCUGCGCCCCAACACCAUCUACCUGUUCAUCGUCCGCGCCGCGAACGCACACGGACUUAGCGACCCCAGCCCCGUCUCAGACCCCGUGCGCACGCAAGACAUCAGCCCCACGGGCCAGGGCGUCGACCACCGGCAGGUCCAGAAGGAGCUGGGCGAUGUAGUGCUGCGCCUACACACCCCGCUCAUCCUCACCUCCUCCACCGUGCAGGUCACCUGGACGGUUGACCGUCAGUCCCAGUUCGUGCAGGGCUACCGGCUGAUGCACCGGCCGGUGUCCGGCACGCAAGCCCUGGGCAGCUGGCAGAUCCUGGAGGUGAAGUCUCCGACAGAGCGCAACGCCGUGCUCACCAACCUCCGCAAGGGGCUCAGCUACGAGAUCAAGGUCCGGCCGUUCUUCAACGAGUUCCAGGGAGCUGACAGCGACGUCAAGUUUGCUCGGACGCCGGAAGAAGCCCCAGACGCGCCUCCUCAGGCCGUGACGGUCAACACAAUGGGAGGCGGCAACAGCACCAGCAUCUCUGUGACUUGGGAUUCCCCCCCUGCCGAAAACCAGAAUGGACUCAUCCAGGAAUACAGGGUGUGGUGCCUGGGCAACGAGACGCGCUUUCACGUCAACAAGACGGUGGCUGCAUCCGUGCGCUCGCUGGUGCUCAGCGGGCUGGUGCCGGGCGUGCCGUACCGUGUCGAGGUCGCGGCGGCAACCGCCGCGGGCGUCGGCGUGCACAGCGAGGCCCGGGCCAUCCAGCUCGAGCCCGUCGGCGGAGGCAUCGUCUCCAUGCAGCCCGGCAGCAACGUGAGCCUUGCCGGGCAGAUAUCAGACGUGGUCAAGCAGCCCGCGUUCAUCGCCGGCAUCGGCGGCGCCUGCUGGGUCAUCCUCAUGAGCUUCAGCGUAUGGCUCUACUGCCGGCGCAAGAAGCGCAAGGGACUCAGCAACUACGCCGUUCGCUCCUUCACCUUCACCCCUGCAGUGACCUUCCAGAGGACGCAGGGGACAGUCAUGAGUAAUGGACGGCCGGGCGUGCUGAACCCCAGCGACCCCACCUACCCGUGGCUGGCCGACUCAUGGCCCUCCACCGCACUGCAGCUGGGCUCCGGGGCUAACAAUUGUGCCGUCAGCUGCUGCCCUCACCCCACGGAGGCCGCUGACCAAGGGUUCUCGCACGCAGAUGCCAGUUUCUCUAAUAUGGGAGCGGAGGGUGCCAAGUCGUCGACGCUGGCGUCCGACGGAGCCAUCUACAGCAGCGUCGACGUCAGCCGCGAGGCGGCCUUCUACAGCCCGGGCGCCACGCCCCAGGCCACGCCCUACGCCACCACGCAGAUCAUCCAGCAGAACAUCGCCAACGAGAUCUCGGCCGAGCGAGGGGCAGCCCCAGCGGGGCCCGCGGGUUUCGGCGUGCCGUCGGAGCAGGCGCGAUUUGCCAACGAACGUCGUGGGCCGCAGUGCAUGCUGGGCGGUGCGGGUGGCCCGAGCCAGGACCAUGGCUCCCUGGGUUCACGCCACAGCACCGAUCGCAGCAGCGGUUCUUCAGGUGGCCGCGGAAAAAAGAAGUCCAAGAGCAAAACGAAGGCGGCAAAGGCCCCCGGGGUGAACUGGUCCGAGUUCCUCCCACCGCCGCCAUCUCACCUCCCUCCGGGCUGCAACAUGGACCAGUCCGGAGGUCUCCAGGAGGACGGCUACGACAGCGACGACUGCGGCCCCCCGCUCCCCGUGCGCAUGUACCUGCACGGGGACGGCGGCGAGGAGGGAGAGGGCCCGAGCGGCGGUGGCAGGACGCACGCGGUAGCGGGCGUGGGCUACCUGGGUUCGCCGUCGCCCGGGGAGGCAAGGCAUCCGAACAGGGGUGGCGGUCAGGGCACGUUUGUGCCCAUCCCGAGGGCCCCAUCCAUACCCCACCUGUACGGUGGCCCAGCGGUGACGUGCACCUUGCCUGGCACAACGCUCCUGUGCCACUCGGAGCCGGAGAGGCUGGAGGACGUGGACCCAGACGGCGAGGCAGGAGCCAGCGAGCACCAGCCGCUGCGCAGCAUGGAGUACACGCUCGCGGCGAACGGCGACCAUGCGGAUAACUCCGUGCACGGCUCUGCCAAUGGAUGGGACGCGGUAACAGACAUGGACGGGGUUUGUUUCGGCCAGAACGGCUGGGCUCGGGGAUUCUCACCCGACAUGCCACGCAGCCAGGACGCAGGCAAAUCCCAGAGUGGCGGGAGGCAGCGCGGACGGCCCCCCAGCCCGGUCUCGGCGGACGGAGGCCCAGGGCAAAGGCCUCGCGCCGGGAAGAAGAACAAGCACGGCAACAGCAAGAUGGACGACUUGCCACCACCUCCGCUGCCUCCACCCAUGGGCACGACGCGGCUGAUGAGCCUGCAGCAGCAAAAGGGCCUGACGGGCUCCGACCUGGGCCUGGCGUCUCGUGAAACCAGGGGAUCAGCUGAACGUCUCUACCAUGAAUCGGAUGAAGGCGAGGGAGAUAUUAUGCCAUACUCCAAGCCGUACUUUCCCAGCAGGGGACACGUGCCUGCUCACAGCUCCUUACCGGGCCCCGGAGGAAAGGGCUCUGCCAACGGCAGGAGGGCAGAAACAGCCAGAAAUGAGUGAGCUGCACUCGAGUGGAUGGCCAUCUGAGUCGUGCUGGCCUCCUGGAUACGGCAGGUGGGGGGGGGAAUAAUGGUGCAAUUGAAGUCUCCUACUUGUUCGGCGUUAUUUAGCGGCUCUAAACGGCCAUAAAAAAAAUGUUCGGCCGCAGACAAAGGACCUGGCUGGCAACCCUUACGACGAUAUUUAAAACAAACCGGAUUUUUCUGUGUUAUAAGCCAUGUGGAAUCUGGUAAAGUAGUGGACUCUGUUCUCACUAAGGCCACUGUCAAGUUUUCCCGUCCUUUUGUUGCAAUGUCCAUGUCUUCCCGUCACCGCCACCGUCUGCGUUGGCAAAAAAAAACUAAUGUUUUGGGUUUGUGGCGUUUAUUUUCAUGUUUCUUUGGACUCGUGCCAUCGACAUUGAUUUUUGAUUAAUCACUGUUAUUUAAUGUUUGCACUGCAGAUAGAUUAUAAGCACAAUAAUUUUGUUCCUUUUUCUCCUGUUUAAUUUUUUACCCGACGUUCAUUCGGUUACAGUGACAUUCUCUGUUCGUUAUCGUUUUUGUUCAAACAAAUUUAGUACAAGCCAGAUGUGUGGAGGUGUCCCUGUAAUUGGUAUGCCAGGCAGCCUGUUGACUCGUUGCCUUCGUACCGUGUGCGGGCGGGGGGGGACCGUUAUAAAUUGUGAGGAUAGAAUUUUCACACACAGAAAAUAAAAACGUAAACUGUACAGUCAAAAAUGAUGUAAUUAAAAAAUGUAAAGGAUGUGCGAUAACGCAAGGCCUCUGCAAGCAAUGGGUAUUUCCAUCUGUUUGUAGCACCCUUUGUAAAUACGUCGUCCGUUAAGAGCACGUUUUAGGCUCUCCCGCAGAGGCCUUGCCGGGAUUAUUCCAGGAUGCGCAUGUAAAAUGAUGCUGUAGUGUGUUUCACUGUUUUACAGGCAUGUUGUUGCUGGCUAAGCCGGAGGUUUUUUUAAACUUUUUUUUUAAUGAAUCGUGUUUUUGACAAGCAGUAUUUUGAAGAGCGGGAACACAUAAAUCCCCCCCCAUACCCUUUCCCGACAUAAAACCCCGUUCCUUAAAACGUUAAAUGCGCUCCCGUUCGCUCUCCGUUUGCUGUGACACUUAGCUGACCAUUGUACGUAUUGCAAGAGGAACAUUUUGACGUGCAGAGAUCACCCAUAACUGUCCGUACCCACCACUAUACAUGUAGCUCAUUCACUUAAGGCCUCUUAUGCACCAGGAUACGCGGUACCUGCUUUUCCAACCUCAGUGUACGCCAUCGUAAGAGGCGCCGUAGCUCUACUGUGGAAAUCUAUGCAGUUCAUGGGCGAGGCCGGCACCCCAGCGAUAACGGCAUUGCAACUAAAUAGAUAAGCCUUUUCGGCCAACGUCAUGACGUCACACCGCACACGUGUGCCUCGUAAUGACGUUACUUGUGACGUUGCGUGUGACGCCACGUCGCACGCCUUGCGUGAUGGGAUCUCGUUGACCACGGUUCAAAAAUGUAUCGCAGUCUGCACCUGGCACAAGUCCGCUUCGAGAAAAUGCACGACACGGCCCUGUCAGCCAAUCAAGAUGGAUACAAAACCUAAAGUAACAUCUAGGAGAUGCAAGUACAAAAUGUAAAUUAUGUGUUAAAACAAAAAUUAACAGCUGCGUAGAAUUUCUAUUGAAAUAAAAAUAUUAAUUCAUAACGCUUUUUUUCAGACAUUGUGUUUUCGUUACUUUCGAAGUGCUUUUCCCCUGUUUUUCAUAUUCCAUCAAGGUCACAGUGCUAAGCGAUGACGUCAAUUUGAUGACUGAGAUGUGCAUUAUGAUAGGCGGUGAGGUCACACGACCUCCCCAAUUGCAGCUGAAAUUCAACGUGGCGCUGCAACCCUCCCCACAUAUUUCCGUGUGCAGCCAUCGUGCAGAGCUGGGUACGUUAAACUGGGCUCCAUAGAGAUCGCCCCUGAAACCAAGUCUACAAAAACAGCUCAUGCGUAACCUCGUGCAUCAAAGGCCUUUAGGAUAUUCACUCGAUGGGCACCCCAAUUCAUGGUUUCGAUUUGCUUCAAGCCACGAAUGCAAAUAAAUUAAAGUUUUAUAAUAAAGACAA